AUGACGCCCACUCAAUCAUCUUCCGGGGAUACCCCAAAUCCCACGGAAACUCUCUUGGUUACGGGAGGCUCCGGCUUCCUAGCAUCCCAUGUCGUCCGUGAGCUAUUACGACAAGGCUAUUCUGUUUUAGUCACGGUUCGAUCCGAGGCCAUGGCAAAGAAGGUUCUCCAAGCACAUGCCCAGUAUAGCAAUCGGCUUUCAUUUAUUCUUGUUCCAGAUAUGACUGUCCCGGGUGCAUACGACGCGGCUGUGCAAGGUGUCACCGGGGUGUUUCAUAUAUCUUCGCCCUGUACAUUUACCUCGCCAGAUAACGUCAAUGAUCUUCUUAUCCCGGCUGUAUCUGGGACUCGGGGGAUCUUGGAGUCUAUCAAAAAACAUGGCCCAUAUGUCAAGCGGGUUGUGUUGACCUCGUCAGCAGGCGCGAUCGUCGAUCCGAUUGUUGGCUUUGAUCGUAUUCAUCCUUAUACCGAAGGCGACUGGACAAAAGUAACUUGGGAUGAGGCGGCGAACGGAUCAGGAAACCUCGGAUACAUUGGUAGCAAACAGUUUGCCGAGAAGACGGCGUGGGACUUCAUACAAAAUGAGAAGCCCUCCUUCGACCUCGUCACUAUUUGUCCUACAUUUAUCAUUGGACCAAUUAUCAUCCCAACCCAGAAUAUGCGUGCGAACCCUAGUUUUAUCUCUCUGUACAAACUCUUGGACGGAAAGUUAGACAACCUAGGAAAGGUGCUUUUGCCUGCUUACGUUGAUGUUAGAGACUCGGCAAAAGCUCAUGUUCGAGCUUAUGAAGAAGCUAAUGCCUCUAACCAAAGAUAUCUAAUUUCAUCCGGGUCCCUCAAUCUACAGCAGGUUGCUGAUAUCAUGAAAAAGCACUUCCACUCACUCGUUGGACGCCUCCCUGUUGGAAGGACCGAGGAGCGUGGGGUGCUCAUUAUGGAUAGCAGCAAGGCAGUCAGAGACCUUGGGUUUGCUCCGAGAGGACCGGAUGAGACUGUUGUGGACACCGUGCGUCGGCUUUUGGAAAUUGAGGCGACUGGAUAUUGA